CGGGCCUCGGGUCCACUUCUGUAAGUAGGCUUCGGGGUGGCUGUCCAGCAGUCCCAUAGAUGCCCUAACCCUCAAGCCUUCUACUUAAGGAAACACCAUUUGGUACUGUUCUCCCAACAGCCGCAAAGGGCCAGUUCCCGUCCCCCCUGCAGUAUGGCAUCCUGUGCUGAGCCCUCGGAGUCCACUGCCCCACCGCCUUCUGGUGUCCCACCACUUGAAGACUUUGAGGUACUGGAUGGGGUUGAGGAUGCAGAGGGUGAGGAAGAAGAGGAGGAAGAGGAGGAUGAUGACCUGAGUGAGCUGCCACCUCUCGAGGACAUGGGACAGUCCCCUCUGGAGGAGGCUGAGCAACCUGGGGCGCUGGCCCGAGAAUUCCUGGCUGCCAUGGAGCCUGAACCUGCCCCAGCCCCGGCUCCAGAAGAGUGGCUGGACGUCCUGGGGAAUGGGCUGUUGAGAAAGAAGACACUGGUCCCAGGCCCGCCUGGCUCAAGCCGACCAUCCAAGGGGCAGGUGGUCACCGUGCAGUUGCAGAUGUCGCUGGAGAACGGCACGCGGGUACAGGAGGAGCCGGAGCUGGUGUUCACCUUGGGCGACUGCGACGUCAUCCAGGCCCUGGACCUCAGUGUCCCGCUCAUGGACGUGGGUGAGACAGCCAUGGUCACUGCUGACUCCAAGUACUGCUACGGCCCCCAGGGCAGCAGGAGCCCCUACAUCCCCCCGCACGCGGCCCUGUGCCUGGAGGUCACCCUGAAGACGGCCGUGGACGGGCCUGACCUGGAGAUGCUGACGGGGCAGGAGCGUGUGGCCCUGGCCAACCGGAAGCGGGAGUGUGGUAACGCCCACUACCAGCGAGCGGACUUCGUGCUGGCCGCCAACUCCUACGACCUUGCCAUCAAGGCCAUCACGUCCAGCGCCAAAGUGGACAUGACUUUCGAGGAGGAGGAGCAGCUCCUGCAGCUGAAGGUGAAGUGUCUGAACAACCUGGCGGCCUCGCAGCUGAAGUUGGACCAUUACCGCGCCGCCCUGCGCUCCUGCAGCCUGGUGCUCGAGCACCAGCCCGACAACAUCAAGGCGCUCUUCCGGAAGGGCAAGGUGCUGGCUCAGCAAGGCGAAUAUAGUGAGGCCAUUCCCAUCCUGAGGGCAGCCCUGAAGCUGGAACCUUCCAACAAGACGAUCCACGCGGAGCUGUCCAAGCUGGUGAAGAAGCACGCGGCUCAGCGCAGCACAGAGACGGCCCUCUACCGGAAAAUGCUGGGCAACCCCAGCCGACUGCCAGCCAAGUGUCCCGGCAAGGGCGCCUGGUCCAUCCCUUGGAAGUGGCUGUUCGGGGCGACUGCUGUUGCUCUGGGGGGCGUGGCACUCUCUGUGGUCAUCGCUGCCAGGAACUGAGGGACCCGGUGGCCGCCACUCCUCUGCACACCGUGGACCCCACCCUGCACUCCUGACUCCCCAGCUCCCUGUCCAGUCCUCUGUGGCCUGGCCCCCUCUGGGUUGGGGGCAGCCAGGAUUGGGGAUCACAAAGCCCAGAGAGCAGGAGGGACUGAGGCCCCCUAGGAGGAAAAUGGGGUGCAGCCCAGAGGAGGGGCCCUCGUUCCUCCACCCAGCUCUCACCCUUCCCCCACCGCCCCGCGGGUCAGGGCUCACGCCCGGCCUCAGUCUCUCCUCCUCAGUAGGCCUGGGGCAGCCCGCCCCCGCCCAGCCCCCUGACCGCCAGCCCUUCCGACCCCGCCUGCCGCCCUCUGUCCAGGCUCCCCACCGUGAAAUAAAGCCUCCCACCCCGCA